UUGUUUCAAACAUAAACCCACAUCACAUUAAACAUGUGUGCUUGAUGAAUAUAUUAGAGUUAGAGGAGCUAGCUAGCUAGCUAUAUAUCAAGUCAGCAGAAGAAUUACCUCUCCAAGUGGAGUUGAAGCCGCAACAUGAAGUCUGUAGUUAUACUUGUUGCGUGGCUAGUGAUUUGGGGGCUCUCUAAUGAAGUGCUGUCUGAACCAGUCAUGGAGGAUGGAAUACAAUUAAACCGUGAGAACAAGACGCUUUUCUCCAAUGAAAGAGCUGUAUUUAAUCGACUGUGCCAAUACAUGAGUGAUACAAUCAUGCUUGACGAGCUGCAAUGGAUUCACAAUGGUGACUUAAGUCGGCCAGUACGCAGUACAUCGUCGUCAUCAGCUGUGCCGCUGGCUAUAGAGAGUGUCCAGCUCUCGCAUGCUGGGGAGUACAGCUGUAGGGCGGUGCUUAACAAUGGUAGCGUGGUUGGUCCUGUGUCGGCAGGGUUCCUCAAUGUUGCAGAUUCGUCCCAGCUGAUUGUCCCACCAAAACAGUACGUACUGAAGGGUGGUGAUAUUACACUUGAGUACUCAACAACGCUAACGGACAAUGUGUUGGGGGUGUGGCAAACUGCCUCGUCAAACACACCUGCCGAUCCCGUGAUAACAAAUGCCCAGGUGGAGAAUGAGUUGGCUGGAGAGUAUCAAUACAAUAUCUUGUUUUAUUUGACGGACACUGCUGAUCAAGUGAACACUCAGCGACAAUCAGAAGCUAUUGUAGUAGUUCCUCCACGGAUCAUCGCCUACUCUCAGUCCCCGAUACAAGUGAGCGGAGGAUCCACACAAUCCCUGAGGGUCUCUUUUGUGAGCAGGACAAUGAGCAGUACUACUGUCAGCUGGACCAGACUCAGUGGGAACAUGCCCUUGGGGGCACAGGUGGAAACAGUUUGGUUGGACGAUGGUUCUGGUAAUGCAACGACUUCUCUCAACUUCAACUCUCUAACUAGAAGUGACAGUGGUCAGUAUCGAGUGAGUAUCACUAACUUUCAUAAUGUGGUUCCAGUAGACCAGAGAACAGACAGCAACAUGUUUGAGUUGACUGUUAAAGUACCUCCUGCUCUACCGGCUUCACUAACAGCUGCAAGUAUCAACACAAUACAUUACAACAUCACAUGGACUCUCACUCACACCACACCCGAUCAACAAGCCUCCACCCUGCUCAUUAACGUCUCCAAACCGUCCCCUACCAUCAUUCAGGUGCCCUCCUCAGUCAGUGAGAUCUUUGUAUUUGAGGUGGAGCCUGGUAAUGAUUACACUCUCUCUCUGACAGCUGCCAAUGUGGACAGGAGUGUCAGCACUGAUCCUGUAGUGUUCACCACUCCAGCAGCAGCUCCCCUCAUCAUCUCUGCUGAUGUGCAACGUCUCAACUCGACUGCGUUGAGCCUCACCUUUGACUUGCACUACACUGGAGGAGGUGAUAUCACUACCAUCUCUUUAUCGGUUAAUGGACGUAUUUUCCCAGUCAGUGACGUGCGAUCAACGUCCCGGAACACAUGGACGGGAAUGGUGGUCAGUGACGAGGUCAAGAGUUUGGAGUAUUCGACUGACUUGGAGUUCUCUGUGUCUCUGACGAACCAGCGAUCUCUAACAAUGGUGGCCAGCACUAGACAGAGCUUUAUUCUUCCUAGGGCCCCGGCUGUGCAAAUUUCCGUCUCAGAGACCUCUAUCAUUCUGCAAGUGACACUAUCAGGAAUAGCAACGGAGCCGAUAGAAUCUAUCGUCGUAGAGAUACGUGAUAAUACCCAAGUAGCUGCUAUGACUAAUCGUACUGGAGCGUUCUCACGAGGGGAGGUGGUUGAAGUGACUGUUGGCGGGUUGAGCCCGGGAACACAGUACACAGCUGUGGCUUACGGGGUCAACGCUGGCGGUACAGGGGAACAAAGCAGACCGCUUACAUUCAGCACAGUCACCCACGUGGUUGAUUAAACUAUUUGUGUCAAGAGAGAGAAACCGAGAAAUCGCCAUCACAACUCUAGGCUCAUACAAUGUACAAGGAGCACUGAUCUUACUGAGAUGGCAUCAAACAAGCGUCUGGAAGCAAGUAGACUUGCCAGAGCCGGUCGGUACUGACAUAAAAACGCCCACCACUACAAAAGAAGACAAAACCUGACUUUUCAACACUGAAGAUAGCUUGAGCAAGAGCAGAACAGAAGUAGAAGCCAUCACAACAAAACUAGUCACUAGUCUAGGCCAUAAAUGUUGUAAGUAGCUGUGUUAUUUUAUUAAUUAAAACUGCUGUGAUUUGUGCAAUGACAUCAUUGUACAAUAUACUGAUUAAUCAUUAGCACGGUAGUGCUAAUAGUAGGGUUGGGUCGAAAACAGCAAAAAGGCCCCCUCUGGAUGUCACCCAAGAAGCAAGACAAAGUUAUUUUGAGUUUAUAUAUCUGUUGCCAAUAUCAUUUGUGACAUUUGUGUGAAAUAUGAACUGAAUUGAACAUUGUAUGAAAAAGUUAUAAAAACAGCAAAAGUAAAAAAACAACAACUUUUUGUCAUUCUUCUCCUCACGUUCUUCCGCGAGAUAAUCUAGAGAACUGUAGCUCCACAGCACAAACUAGACACAUAUUAGUGUCCUCUGUCGCCUUGGGUACGUCCCGAACUAAUCGCUUUCCUUCGAAGUUAAAUUUGCUAGGGUGUAUGAUAUGGCUUCUUUAUUAGGUGCAGAGGUCAGUUCGCCAUUGUUUUCCUACUGAGCAUGCUCAGACAUAGCAGACAGCAUGGCCACACCCUCUUAUCUUAGCAACCCUUGAGGUCUAUAGCAACAGUAGUGUUUUGCACUGUCGAUUCUUACCGCUCCAGUUAAUGCUCGCAAGUAAAGCUCUUCAUUGCAUUCUGAGCGCGCCUGCUCUGAGCUAGCUUGUGAUAAUAAAUUAUUGAAGACCAAAAAACUUCAUGAAAAUUAUCAUAACAGACACAAACUGCAACAGUGCAAAUAAAAAUUCAGUACAGUUAGCUAGAUCUAGCUUUUUUUAUCAUAGUAAAGGUGGAUUGCCACCUUCUGAAGAUAUUUGAUCUAGCUAGCACCAUAGAUAAAUGGUACCUGUGAAGAAAAAAGUGUAGAUACAAAUAAGUGUAAAAAAACAUUUGUGAAAAAAAUAAUCGUGAGAAGUAGGGUUGCAUGUUGGAUGAGCCGCUCAAAAGGAUGUGAACAAGAUGGGUAACCCUAAAAGGAACGCCCAUUAGAAUAGACACAACAAAACGUAAUUACUUAAAAUAUUGUACGUGGUUUCCCAGGACUAUUUAUAAAAUAACGCAUGCAUGCAGUGAAAAAAUUUUACAAACAAGUGCAAAAAACAUUUUGUGAAAAAAUGGGAAAGAGUAGGGUUGGAAGAGCAUGUGCACUGAAAUAACAAAAAGUUCGAAAACAAGAUUGUGGGUUGGUAUAGUCUUGCAUGCUCCAACUAUAGUUGAGGGUGGGGCACGAUCUUUAACAGUUGGGUCCAGCACUACUUCGAGUUUUGGGUGGGCAGGGCUCAUCUGUAGAGUCUCAAAUUUAAUAUUAAUUUUACACCUAGUGUUUCGGUGCUGUAACAGAAAGAAACGUUAGUUUGAAAAAGCCUCAUUCAAAGCGUCAUUAUGUAGAAACACAUACAAGUUGAUGGUAAAAUAGGUGAUCGAGCGUCUCAAAUAAAGAAAGCGGUGUAACGAGAAGUAGUGCUGGACCCAACUGUUAAAGAUUGUGCCCCACCCUCAACUAUAGUUGGAGCAUGCAAGACUAUACCAACCCACAAUCUUGUUUUCGAACUUUUUGUUAUUUCAGUGCACAUGCUCUUCCAACCCUACUCUUUCCCAUUUUUUCACAAAAUGUUUUUUGCACUUGUUUACUAAGAUAUCUCCCUACCCAUAUUUUGGGUACGUGUAAUACAUGCGCAGUACAGUGUACACCAGGCCGCUUUUCCCUCCGGCCUGGGUUCGAGGCUAGCAGAAGGUGCUCAACUAGUGUCUUUUAAAAACUGUGAUAAAGGCUUGACUAGCUGCACUGUAGCCUCGAUCCCAGGCCGAGUUUUCGCUUUUAUAACGGUUAGGCGAACCACUGAAAUGCAAACCACACCUAAUAAAAUGUUACAUCGAUACCACACCCACUGGAAAUGACAUAAAAAGGAGGCGUAACCCUAGAUGUUUGCGCACGGUGAGGGAGGCUCCUUGCCUCUUUUGUUCAGCUAGCACCUACUUACCAUGGAUUCGCUACUGUGUGAAUUCGCCACCAUUUUUAGCUGAGCUUAUUUAUAAUCAACUACAACAUGGCUUAUUUGUUUUGUGUUCUGCAUACGUCCUCAAGGUACCGGUGUUACUGUAAGUGUAAGGCCCGAGGUUUUAACAUCCCAAGCGCAGCCAAAACUCCAUAUAGUGACCGUUGAACGAGGCCUGUAACUGAUUUAGAAUAGCUGCGCUAAGCAAGCUAACUAUGACUAUUAUUAAUAGUAUAAGACUCACAUUGAAGGCCGUUUUUGAAUCAUGCGGUGCUAAUAGAAAGUUGCUAUUCUACUUGUAGUAGUUAGUUCUCCACUAAAGCACUACAAGCUGCAAGAGUGAGAUAGAAGUAUUGUGCAGCUUUGCAGCUUUUAUCUCAGAGCGAAGCUUUUUAGUUGCAAAGUCUUCUUUGUACCUAGCUUGCUUAGCGCUAUAAAUUAUUCUAAAUCAGUUAUAGGUCUCGUCUGUAAUGUGCUCCUGGUCUCGUCCAACGGUUACUGUGAGAUUAUGAGACCCUAGGCAUUUAGUAGCGCCCUAGCUCGGAAUGUUACAGCCUCAGGCCCUUGGGGUCUCAUAAUCUCAGCCUAUAAACUAUUAUAAUAGUUGGGAGUAGUGUCUUUU